CGGCGAGCGAUCGCGUAGUAACACCGAAUAGAAACGCACGGAAAUUCCUCGAGGGUUACCAAGACUCUCCAGUCUCCAUCCCUCCAGAGUCCGAACUGGUAGUAAUUCUUCGCAGUGAUUUUCAAGCACACAAGGUGUUUGUCAGAAUUCCCAUAAGGAAAUCAAAGACGAGAGUUUGAGAGUACAAUGCUGCCACAGCUGGUCAAGAAGGUUGUUGCAAACAACCCCAAAAAGCUUGCCAAUUUAAUUGAUCUAGUAAACCUGCCUUCUACACUUCGAGACUUCGUGGGUCAAUCUCAAAUUUCUCGCCUGGGAUGCUUCACACGAGUAUGGUCAUACAUCAAAGCCAAUAAUCUCCAGGAUUCCAACAACAAGAAUGUGGUCAAUUGUGAUGAAAAGCUGAAAAGAAUCCUUCUCGGGCGGUCUCAGGUUGAACUAGCUGAACUUCCUGCACUGAUCAAACUGCAUUUUCCUAAGGAGCCAAAGUAAGUGUCUACUGAGACUAGGAUGUUUACUUUGCCUCUAAGAGCGUCACUACUUAGACUUCAUAAUUAUAUUUUGCAUGUGACAGUAGGAACCAAAUGUUAAGCCCUCUUGGGUUUUCAAUCUUCACAAUGUACUCUUAAAUUUUGUGUUGUUGAUCCUUUGUCUGCUGGACAUGUAGCUUCCCCUAGACCAGUUUGGUAAAAUUGUUAUUAUAGUUACGAGAUGGAGAAACAAAGUGAUUAGCUGACUGCCAACUUCGUUCAAAGUACUGUAAAUGUGACUCCUUUC